AUGAGUGAACAAGCGCCGGACGAAAAAGUCCCCAGCAGUGGGAGUGGCCUCUCUGAAAUUAGCCGCGCCUCGAGCGAGGACGCAGCAGUGAACGGUGCGUACGGGAGUGAGGAUGCACGUGAUGUGCCGCCCAGCCCCAUAGAGGGCUACCAAGAGGACCUAGGCGAGGUUGUGGUAGGUAUCAGGCACUUACUGGAUGGCAAUGAGUCUCUGAACUCUCAGGUUUCGCAGAUGGACCUCAGGCUCACGCAAACGCAGCUGAACCUCGAGGGGCUUGUGACCCGCAGCACCAACAAUAACAAGCACCUGAAGAGCCUUCUGAUGUCCUCGCAGGACGUCAGGCGGCUCGAAGAGCUUAUACAGCAGCUCGCGCGGCAACAGGAUGCUGCGGUUGCUGCCCAAGAGCACGCGCGAGAGCGCGAGCCGCCGGAGCACGGGGCUGCGGCAGAGGUUCAGCGUUUAAAUGAAGAAUUAGGGCGCUUCAAGGAGCAGCAUGGCUCGCUCGAGGCUCUCGGGUUGCAGGUAGUCGCCAAGAAGCAGGAGCUUGCCGUGCUCGAGACGCGGUGCGCCAGCGCGACCGCCAGGCUCCACGAACGCGCUGAGGACCUACAAAAACUGCGACAGGACCACCUGGAGCUGGACAUGCGCAUUGAUUACGCCCUGCGCGAGAAAUACAAGGCCGUCGAAACCAACCUGGCGCUCUCGGCUGCCACCUUCACCCAGGCUGGGCGACCGCCGGUUACAAAAAUGAAUCGCAUUACUAGCAUGCUACGCAACCAACACACCAACGGUAGACGCGUAGUUUCGUUGAACGUGGCCGAUAACUACGGCUUUACGCCGUCCAACAACUCCGACGACGGCUCGGAUUAG